GAAAAAGCUUAGCUUGACAUAAUUUGAAAUUGAAUUUAGACAAGUGCGCACCGCAACGUAGGGCACAACUAAAAAGAGAGAAAAAAAAGAAAAGUCCCUUUUUGAAGAAUAAAAUUGGAAAGCAAAGCAUUCUCGUCUCGAAAGAACCGUGACUGAAGAAAACAGCUUCAUUUUCUUUUCUAAUUUCUAUCUACUAAACGCUAAUGCUGAAUUCUUUCUGAAUACUCUCAGAUCUGCACCACAAAUUUGCUUGUAUGAAAACUCUUGAAACUUGAUACUUUCUUAUGGCGUCUGAAACGGCGUCGUCCGCGGACGAGGAGAAAGAAACCCUUGUUUUUUCAGCUGCAGUUGAAGGAGCUACAACGGAUAAAAGAGGCAAACAUCGAAUUCUUGCUGAAUUGAAGCGUCUUCAACAAGACACUAAGUUUCUUCAGGAAGAAUUAGAAGAACUCGAGAAAACAGAAAACGUGUCGGCUAUAUGCAAAGAAUUGCUACACAACAUGGAUAGUAGACCCGAUCCACUACUUCCAGAAAUACAUGCACCUGUAAACCUCUUAUGGGAUAGAUGGUUUGAAGGCCCUCAGGACGCGCAAGCAUGUAGAUGUUGGAUACUUUGAUUUAAAGCUGUAUGUCAAUUGCAUUGUACUGCAAAUAGGAUGUGAAUGUUACUACUGCACAAAAGUGAGACUCUGGAUCUGAAGAAAAUGCUCAGUGGCAUUUUAUACUACACACACUAAUUCUUUAAUGGCAUCAUUUUGUGUUAUAUUAGAAUAGUUUAUGCAUCAAAUACUGUCUAUCUGUAAUCAGUAAUCACAUUAAUUUACUGCAUUCAAUUAUAACUAUCAUUAUUUGUGCUA